AAAUAAACGAAAAUGAGCCUAAUAUGUAGGUAUCGACUAGUCAAGUUCAUAAAAUAUAGGACUCUCCACUGGGAGUUCUCAGUUUCUGCACAGGUGGCUGGCAGUGACCUGGAUGCACUGCACCUGUCGCCCUGUCAAGUGGCUGCUAAUGCGAUUAGGGAGGACACCGAAAACGGGAUUGGCACCGGGACAGGCAACUCAGCUGCCAAUCAGAAGGACACGAAGUAAAGUAAACACAGCCCCACACCCUUGACAAGAUGCCGGCGGACAUAGUGACCACGGAGCAGCUGCGCUACCAGCUCGCCUUCAGCCAUGCCAUGGAAAGGACGACGAGGCACUGGCAGGAGACGUUCGCGUGGUACCCGAGGAUGCAGUGCUGCCACUACCAGCGGAUCGACCAGAUCUACCUGGAGAGUCGCCAGCGGUACGGCGACGGCCACUUCCUCAAGUACGCCAGCCGGAGGCGCCUGGCCAAGAAGUUCGUGGUGACCGCCGAGGAGGUAGCGGACGUUCUGGAGGAUCGGAAGACGCUGGAGAAGGGCGGCAUUACGGGUCUCAAAGUUGCGGCCACCGAGAAUGGGGAGUACGGCCGAAUGAAGCCCUCUAAGCUGUACUUCUGCUAGGACCCCUCUGCACCCCGCUCUGCAAUCCUCUCCAGAACCACUCACAAUUAAACUAUCAUUCCCUGCUGACAAUGCAAAUCUCAAUGGCCGUCACUCAUUACGCGAUUUUAGCAUGACCGUGCGCAUAAUUAACAAGGUGAAAACGUCAGUCCCACCUGCAACUGGUUGGCCCGCCCCGCCCCGCGUCGCCGCCGUAGCGAGUGCCCACUGUACCUUCUCCUACUGGGGCGCGGUUGAAAAGUUCGCACAGGUAAUUAAGUGAUCGCGUCUGUCCACUCGAUGAGAUGACUCGCCUCGUUUGUUCGCGAUCUCGGAAACUGCUUUAUGGCGCCCAUAAACUGGGAAAUAUGCCGUGCACCCAUUUACGCUGGCACUCACAGUGCAGUCCACUGCAUUAAUUACAGAUACCACGGAUACGGAUUUCGUUCAGGACAGUCGCUUCGCUUUGGUCGAUAGCAGCACCUCUUGUGUUGAUGAAUUUACAAUUGUGGAGUUUAAUGCGGGAUUCUCAACGCGGGGAUAUAGCUAUUUUGGGGAACGGCGCACUACUAGUUACUUGAUAAAUGUGUCCAUCGGGCCAGCUGCUCCUCCUGCGUUUGCAGACGUAAGCCCAGGUGUCGUGGGCCAGCUUCGAGCAGUAUGAUUUAAAAGUUCCAUAUGCAAAUUACCCUCAAAGUUUCCGGCGAGCCCAUUCGUCCAUCGGAGUGCGUGGUAGAUGGAAAUGCAAGCGGCAAGCGGCAAGUGGCAAGCGGCAAGUGGCAAGUGGAAAUGUGAAAUGGGGAAAAUAGGAAAUGCAAAUGCCCAUGCAAGUGUGCAAAUUACACAAAGGACGCCAACUUUGGGCCAACUUGCGAACUGGGCCAGCGACUCAUUAGACACAUGACAGCAUUCACAGAGCUGGUGGGUGGUGGUCACCACCGGCGCAAAGUGGCGGAGCUGGAGCGGCAGGUGGGCAGCGGCAAGUGCGUGUGAAAAAUCAGCCAGCAGCGGCCCACAAAAUCGCCGAGCGCGCAAUUAAACGGUAGCGGAUAAUUGCUAUCGAAAGCCAUAAUGAUGGCCGGAUCAGUACUUACCCCGAGCCCAGUAUAGAGUUCCAUAUCUUGAUGCGGCUCUCGAACGGAGAGCUUUGUGCGCCUUUCUCGGCUCUCAUUGUUCCCCCGAUUUUCCCAUCACCGCAGCGCACCGCAUCGCAUCGCAUCGAUGCGAACUUUUCGAGACCAUCAGCUCUUUUCUGUUGACUCAUACCCAGGCCGUUCCAUCGGAGGCCUCUGUUUUUGGCGGUGCUCAAGACUCAGGAGUGGUGACAGUCGAAAAAGCAGGCCAGAACCAGAGUGGCUGCGCUGCAGGGCUCAAAACAAAUAAACAC